AUGUCCGUCACCACAACAACAGCGACCGCCGCAUACGCGCCGACCCAUAGAAGUCUUGCCCACCCGCCGCGAACUCUUCGCAAAGCUACCAGCUUCACUAGCAACUUCGCCUCCUCCACAACCGCUUCCUCUCCCAGUCUUAAUUCCCUCUACAACACACAUUCGCGACUUACGCCCUCCCAUCAAUCGCUUCCGCGCAAAUCCUCCUUGGCUGCUCUUACUCCCAAGUCUCUCGCCUCCAUCCCCGAUGUAAGCGAGUCCUAUGCCUACAACAGCGUGCUAGCCGAGUCGCCCGAUCGCAAAAUGCCACCCGCCACGCCCGGUAGGGCCGGGACCGAUUUCGUUCUCGGCGAUGUCGUUGAAGUCCCGGGCAACAUGUUAGGCACUGUCCGUUUUAUUGGUUCGGUGGAUGGAAAGAAGGGCACUUUUGCUGGUGUCGAGCUGCAUCCCGAGUUCUCUCAGCGGGGCAAGAACUCGGGCGAAGUGGAAGGUGUUUCCUACUUUACUACGACUCUUCCUGGCGCAGGCAUCUUUCUCCCUCUCAACAAAGCCGUGAGACGAGACUCUCCUCCGGGCUCGUCUUCCAGCUCGUUUCCUCACACUCCCACUGCCAGCACCAUGGGCGGUCUCAAGGUCGGCACGCAGAACUCCACGAACACACCUCCGACGCCGUCAGUGCCGCUAUUCAGCAAAUCUGUUGGCCCUGGCGUUGCCCCCGGCCGAUCAGUCAGUCCUCAACUGAAGAAGUCGAUGAGCAGGCCCUCUGUACGCCCGGAGUCGCCUGUACGAAAAUUACAGAUGACCCCAGGACCGAGACCAUCACUGGCGACACCCGGAAAGGUGCCUUCCAAAUACAGCUCUCCUGCCCCGAAUCGCUUCGCGCAGAGCGUUCGUGGAACGGCUGGAGACCCGAGCAAAGGUUCACGAUUGGAUAGGAAGCCAAGUGUUGGUCCGCGCAGUGCCUCUGCCCUUGGCCAAACGUCAAUGUUUGACGAAGAGCCGAUGCCCCAGCCACCAGCCACUCUGCAGCGAACACAGACCAAUGGGAGCACCAAUUCGGUAUCUUCCUACAGCUCCAAGUUCAGAGUACCAUCGCGGGCUGGAGCCGGCUCAAGGGCCGCGUCACGAGCUCAGAACGACGACGAGGUUGACCGGCUUAGAGCACAACUGGACGACCGUGAAAGGCAGUUGAGGGAUCAAGCAUCUACGUUGGCAGAGAUGGAGAGCAGUUUGACCGAGCUUCAGACUCUUAUGGAGAGUUCGGAUCUGUCAGCACCCAAGCGCAACAGUCUCGACGAUAAGGACUCGAUGCAACUUCGCGCAUUGGUCAGAGAAAAGAAUGAGAAGAUUGCGAUGCUCACUGCCGAGUUCGACGCACACCGAGCCGACUUCCGAAGCACCAUCGACACCCUCGAAAUGGCUAGUUCCGAAACCGAACGAGUAUACGAAAAGCGCAUCGAUGAGUUGAUGAUGGAAAUGCGUGAGCUCGAAUCGCGGACGGAUGACGUAGAUUCGGUAGCUCGUCAGUUGAAGCAGCUUGAGGAGUUGGUUCAAGAGCUCGAAGAGGGUCUCGAGGACGCACGACGCGGUGAAGCGGAAGCAAGAGGGGAGGUCGAAUUCCUCCGUGGUGAAGUCGAGCGUACACGAACUGAGCUGCGCAGGGAGCGCGAAAAGGCAUCAGCCGGAAUGAACGGCACCACAGGUCCAAGCAACGGAGACCGUGGCUCCAUUUCCAAGGAAUUGGAGCAGAAGGAAGAUGAGAUUCGGGGUCUUAAGGCGAUCAUCCACUCUCUCAGUCGCGAUUCUGUUCCUGGGGCCGACAAAGCUGAGGACCCCUCCGUACGCGAGAACGCAGUGGCUCGUGAAAGGCUGGAGCUCGAGCUGGCAGAGCUCAAUGAUGUCGUGAAAGACAAGAGCCGUCGCGAGGAGGAGCUCGAGCGGGAAGUGGAGAGACUUCGUAGGGGAAGCGUCACGACUCAGCUCACCGGACCUCUGGCCAACGGCGGUGCGCAGCGUUCUUCAUUGCGCGAUUCUCGAGAUACCGUCAUCUUGAUGCGCAACAGCGAGCCCCAGUCUCCCACGACGACGCACAAGCGUGUUCGUACACUGGACACGAUGCCCGAAAGUGACGCCUACUCGUCAGUCACGGAUAAUAGUACUCUUUGGUGCGAAAUUUGCGAGACUGGCGGACACGAUAUCCUUACUUGCACCAAUAUGUUUGGCAACGAGGGUGGCAAGACCAACGGCGAUGCCGGCAAGGCCAUCAAGGAGGAACUGAAGCCCAUCCCCGCCGAAGACAAACCGGCUCCUCUAUCGCCAAUCAAGUCUAAGCCGCUUGCUCCUCCGCCGACCGUCAAGAUCUUCCCAAAUCCGAUGGAUUCCGGCCCUGUGGCUGGAAAGGAGAGCGGAAUUGUCGACGUCUCCAAGUGGCGGAUGGACUUUGAAUCUCGACAGCAAGCGUUGUUUUGGAUUGAAAAGAAGGGCCUGGCCACUCUGGUGUGCUUGUCUUGGCCGGUCUUUCAAUCGAUGAUACCACAGCUCGAUGAGAAUUGUGUUUCGCGGAGUUGGUUUCGCAUGUUGAAGUCAACCGACAGCAGGGGAUGUUCACCCCGAGAGACACCCCUCAAUCGACGGGAGAUUCUCGUGGGCUGUGAAGCUCUUCGGUCGAGAAGUCAAUAUCAUCAAAUGUUCCUAGCGGACGGGCUGCGUUCAGACGACAAGGGUCUUCCCGUCGCUGCCGGCCGGGGGCCUCUGGUGCUCAAUGCCACUCUCCAGUGUGUGCCCUUCCACGUUUCUCCACCUCAGAGGGUCCCUGGUGACGUUUCACGGCCUUUGCGCACGACGGGGGAUUCGUACCUCAAAUCCUCAGCAGGGCGCAGCCCAGAGCUGGGUAUUGGACUCUACAACGGCCCUCCCGAGUCCCGCGUUCCCCGAAAGCGGAUCCUAGGAAGCGCACUACUGGGACGUGGACCGUACCGCAGCACUACGGACCUGCGUCAGCGUCCCCGUCAACCCGUCAGCUUCCUGCCCACUUUGGUUACCGGGGGGAAAGCAAGCAAGCAGUGGCACAGCACACAGCAUAGCAGCAAAACGGACGACUGCGGAAUCUCUUUGGUCUGCAACACCAGCGCUUCAACGUCUACCAUACGCGAACUCGACGACAAUUCCCUAGACUACCGUAUCAUGGCGCAAAUAUUCCUCGACGUGCUCUACUCCUUUGGCAACUGCCUCAACUGCUUCCCCGGCUCGCCGACACUCAAGAUCAACAGUCGGAGCUUCAAGAUCCUCCGCCUGCUGGGCGAGGGCGGCUUCUCCUACGUCUACCUCGUCCAAGACACCCAAACCGCCGAAGAAUUCGCCCUCAAAAAGAUCCGAUGCCCCUUUGGCGCAGAGUCGGUCGCCCAGGCCAUGAAGGAGGUCGACGCCUACCGCCUCUUCGCCCGCAGCCCGGGCAUCAUCCACGGUGUCGACCACGCCAUCGCCACCGAGCGCGGCGGCGAGCCCGGCUCCAAGACGGUCUACGUCCUCCUCCCCUACUACCGCCGCGGCAACCUCCAGGACCUCAUCAACGCCAACCUCGUAAACCACACUGCCUUCCCCGAGCGCAGGCUCAUGCUCUUGUUUCUCGGGGUGUGCAAGGCGCUCAGGGAGAUGCAUCACUACACCGGCGGUGGCGGGCAAUCCUCGUCACAGCCCGCCGCAAUGGAGAGGAUGGAGAUGGGCAACGGCGACGAAGACGAUCAGGGCGCCGGGCCGAAGCGCAAGAAGAGCGGGAAGAAGAACAAGGGCGGGAAGCGCGUCUCCAGUAUGGCGGCCGCCGCGGGCGCAGACGAAGAGGACGAGAACGAGCAGCAGAGGCCGCUGAUGGAGGGCGAGACGCCCGGGUCCGGGGACGUAAAGUCGUACGCGCAUCGGGAUAUCAAGCCAGGCAACAUCAUGAUUGACGACUCGGGCUCAAACCCAAUCCUAAUGGACCUGGGCUCCAUCGCCCCCUCCCCGAUCCCGAUAACGUCCCACUCCCUCGCCAUCGCCGUCCAGGACACGGCCGCCGAGCACAGCACGAUGCCCUACCGCGCCCCCGAACUCUUCGACGUCCGCACGGGGACCGUCAUCGACACAAAAGUCGACAUCUGGUCCAUGGGCUGCACCCUCUACGCCUGCCUCGUCGGCAAGUCCCCCUUUGAGGCCCGCUCCGACGAGACGGGCGGCUCCCUCAGCAUGUGCGUCCUCGGCGGCGACUGGCGCUUCCCCGACGAGGGCAUCAAGCGCACGGGAACCAGCGGCGGCAUGAAGGGCAAAGCGGCCGCCACGGCGGACGCCGGUGCGGGAGCCGGAGAAGUCAAGAUCAGCGAGCCCAUUCGCGAUGUCGUGAGGAAAUGUCUCAAUGUCGAGCCUACUGAGAGGCCAGACAUUGACGAGCUCAUUGACCUGACGGACUCAAAGGACGAACGAAACCAAGAGGCUUGCGCAAAGAGUGAUGUAUUGUAUAACGAUGUUUCAUCUUUCUACUAUUCCCAAGGAAGAUUCGAUGGGCUUCAUGUCACCACGGCGUUCUAG